AUGGUCGCUCUCAUAGUUGACGCUCAGCACAAACUCCUUAUUCAAGUGCAGUGGAAGAAUUCAGGAAGUGUUUUAAUGCUACAAUGCCGUUGCAUCUACGGGCUGGCAGCCGCUCUGAGACUGCUGGUCUCCCGAACCAAACUCCACCUCUACCUACUCCUCACUCACCCACCUCUUGAUUUCGAGCCAAAAACUUACCACUUCCGCUUCGGGGCCCCUCUUAUUCUCAAACGAACGCCUCGCCUGGUCAGCACCGAAGCUGACGCUCUUCGUUUCCUGAACGGCGUUGUACCACACCUUCCGAUCCCCAAACUCCUCGACUCCUUCCAAAUCGAAUCAGAAUGCGCCACCUACACACUCAUGACGAAACUCCCCGGCCGUUCCCUAGACGAACUUGGCGAGCUUUCACCGGAUCGCUUGCAAUGUCUCACGUCGGACGUUCUCAGCGUCUUGCACCAACUCUGGUGCAUUCCGCGGAGAACGGUCGUUACGGUCAUGGAAAGCGCGAGUGGCCACGGUCUGCCACAUCCUGGUUUUCGCGCGGUCGGACUCCCAGACACGCUCGCAGGACCCUUUCCGUCUGUAAUAGACUGUUACCGCACUAUGUCUUUCGCGGUCGACAGGAUCAGGAUGGAACAACCGAAUAUCAUCCAGCGAAUUGAGGAAGAUGAGGUUGUAUGGGUGCACACUGACCUUCGAAUGCAAAAUAUCUUGGUUGAUGAGCAGGGGCAGUUGACGGGUAUUGUAGACUGGGAGGACUCAGGAUGGCUUCCGAGACAUUGGCAGUUGCAUAUGCUUCGUCGUCCAGGUCCUACUUGUCGUGGCAUUUGGGCUAGGUUUUGGAAUUUUGAGUUUCGGUUUGAUGAUGAGAUCGAGGCAGCUUACUCUGCAUCACUUCAAAAGGAUAUGCUUACUUGUCCUCUGUGCAUAUGAGUCCCCUUUUCAUUUUCCU